AUGUCCAACGAUACAAGACCUUCUGCUGGGAUCAAAACAGAGGACAAUAUUAUGAUCCGAAUAAAUCCAAAAUUUCAAUUGAAUGGCUUCUCAAAUAAUUCUGUUCUGGAAGAAGACACAGAAAAUGAACAUUGUUUUGUUUGUGAAAAAUGCAACAGAGUAUUCAAAAGUCAUUUCCGCCUGGGUCCAUUAUUCCCGUCUCCAGCAGCAGCCAUGGUCUACAAUUUGUCGGCAACUUUCCACGCAACCUCAAAUGCUGCAGCAGUAGCCGCCGUUGCCGCCGUCACAAGCGCCGGCAAUAACAAACCAUUCGCCUGCAGAAGAUGCGGCAAAGAGUACGAAAGUCGCAAUGGCGUUUAUAAACACGAAAAAUACGAAUGCGGCAUGGAAAGGCGGUUUCAUUGCCGCUAUUGCCCUUAUAGACAUACGUCUACGUAUCCCAGACCCAGACAAUGUAGAUGUUUGGCCUGGGUGUGCCGAGCUAAAAUACCGACUACAGGCUUAUUCUUUUCUUUUGCACCUUGUCCUCAUGCCGCUUGCCUUUAUGGCGAAUGGAUCGAUCCAGUGCAGCUGAAACCAAAAAAAUAUUUUUGCAAAAAUUGCAAGAAACCAUACGAGAGCCAUAAUGGUGUUUACAAACAUGAAAGAUAUGAAUGCGGAAGGGAGCCAAAUUUUCGUUGCACACUUUGUCCUUUUAAAACUUAUUAUUUGUUUAAUUUAAAAGCACAUUAUUCAAGAAGACACCAAGAUAGCAAUUGUUAUUUCCUGGAUCCAUCUCUAUACAGGAUGGUAUCUAAACCAAGUUCCGGACAAGAAGAAAGAAACCAAAUUUAUCCUUGUGACACUUGUAACAAAGUCUACCGCAGCAGAACUGGGCGUUAUGUACAUAAGAAAUACGAAUGCGAUACAAUUUAUGAAAUUCCGGAUAGAUCGUAUACUGAAAUUGUGACUAUGUCUGGAGGACUUUUUUGCGGCCUGUGUGGAAAAGCUUUCGGAAAACCUCGAAGUUUAUAUGCCCAUGAGAGAUUUGAAUGUGGCCAAUUACCCAAACAUUGUUGCAAAUUCUGUGGUUACCGGACUCAUAGAAUUUCUAAUAUUAAAAGGCACAUUGAAAGACAUCAUUCUAAGAAUAACAACAAAAAAUAA